UUUGCAAUUCGGCUGCGCACCUCAGAUUGGAUGCCUCCUACGCGCGCUUGUUGGGGUCGAAAGCUCGGAUAGCUAGCUAGCUAGCGCAGGAAGGUGAAAUGGCGAGCCUCAACGUGCUGCUCCUCCCUGAGCCCGGCUCCGGCCACCUCAUGUCGCUCAUCGAAGCCGGGAAGCGCCUGCUGGGCCACGGCGGUCGUCACGCCCAGGAGUUCACGGUGACCGUCCUCGUCGUGCGCCCGCCGACGCCGGAAACCACGUCGGAGGUGGACGCGCACGUCCGGCGCGUCGAGGCGUCCGGCAUUGGCGUCCGGUUCCACCACCUCCCGGCCGAGGAGCCCCCGACGGAUUGCGGCGGCAACCUGCAGGAGUUCAAGUCGCGGUACCUGGAGCUGUACAAGCCGCACGUCAGGGCCGCGGCGCGGGAGCUCCGCGCCUCGGCGCUCGUGAUCGACUUCUUCGCCACCACCGUGCUCGACGUGGCGCGGGAGCUCGCCGUGCCGGCGUACAUCUACUUCACCUCCACGGCCGGGCUGCUCGCGCUCAUGCUGCGGCUGCCGGCCCUGGAGCGGGAGGUCGACGUCGACUUCGAGGCCUACGAGGGCACGGUGGACGUCCCGGGCCUGCCGCCCGUGCCCGCGGGCUCCACCCCCGGGUUCAUGGGCCGCAAGAGCAGCCCCAACUUCACGUGGUUCGUGUACCACGGCAGGCGGUUCAUGGACGCCGACGGCAUCAUCGUCAACACGGUGGCCGAGCUCGAGCCGGGGCUCCUCGCCGCGAUAGCCGAGGGCCGGUGCGCGCCGGGACGACGGCCGGCGCCGCCACUGUACCCGAUCGGCCCGGUGCUGGACCUCGGUGCGAGAGACGGCGCGUCCGACGAGGCGUGCGUCCGGUGGCUCGACGCGCAGCCGCGGGCCUCCGUGGUGUUCCUGUGCUUCGGGAGCCUGGGGUGGUUCGACGCCGCGAAGGCGCGCGAGGUCGCCGCGGGGCUGGAACGGAGCGGGCACCGGUUCCUGUGGGCGCUGCGCGGGCCUCCCGCGGCCGGGUCGCGGCACCCAUCGGACGCCGACCUGGACGCGCUCCUCCCGAAGGGGUUCCUGGAGCGGACCGAGGGCAGGGGCCUCGUGUGGCCCCGGUGGGCGCCGCAGAAGGCGGUUCUCGCCCACCCGGCCGUGGGCGGCUUCGUGACGCACUGCGGGUGGAACUCGACGCUCGAGAGCCUGUGGCACGGCGUGCCGCUGGCGCCGUGGCCGCUGUACGCGGAGCAGCACCUGAACGCGUUCGAGCUCGUGGCCGACAUGGGCGUAGCCGUGCCGCUGCAGGUGGACAGGAAGCGGGACAACUUCGUGGAGGCCGCGGAGCUGGAGCGCACGGUGCGGAGCCUGUUGGGCGGCGGGUCGGAGGAGGCGCGGAGGGCGCGGGAGAAGGCCGCGGAGAUGAAGGCCGCGUGCCGGAAGGCCGUGGCGGAGGGCGGUUCGUCGCACGCCGCGCUGGAGAGGCUGCGGGAGGCGAUCCGCGAGGGUGCGCGGGCGGGGACAGCGACGACCGCAUAGGCUCAUCGUUUGUUCCGGACGCUGGCACGUACGUCCUUCGGGGACGUCCGCUGUCUGGGCUUGUGGGCAGCGAGACUCACGGGGUGCAGCUGCAGCUUAUGGUCCUACUAGGGUCUUGGCCUCUUGGGUGUGUUGCGGUGUCUGAUCGGAUACUAGAGUGGCGAUCAUGGAUUUUCUGCUCGGUGGCAUCCUCGUCCAGUAGUGAUUCUUCUUUUCUGCUC